UCAACCAAAUAACAAAAAGUUUUACCACAGCGGUUCAUUCAACUUAAUUCAAGUAAAAAAAAUAGCUUACAAGUGCUUUUUUGUUUUCGUUUCAUUAUAAUUUCGCGGUCAUGACCACAUUAAUUGAACAACAAAUAACUAAAAUGGGUCUUAUAGACGAGCCAAAUAUUGUUGAAAAAACUACUGAAUUAGUAAGAUUGCUUGAACUCAGGUCCACCAAUGUACCUCUCCAAAUAAAUGAAUAUGGCAAAAUCGUUUUAUGUGCCGACCUAGCAGCUACAAUGCUGGGAAUAGCAUUUGAUAAGGAACAAGCGCUGAAACUUUCGGGCUUAAAAAAAUCUCAUUAUACAAACAAUAAACGUAUGAUUGAAAAGUUAUUGGAUCUCAACAAAUUGGUUGGCGUAAAUGAUAUUUGCAUACAAUUAAGUUUACAAGAAGUAAAAAAGAAAGCAGAUGAAUUGUUGGAGUUGUAUCGCAAAGUCAUCGCCAGUGAACAAACAGAAGUUGAUGAUACUCAUCCCCAGUAUGCAAGUAUGGCUGUAUUUAUGGCUUGUAAGCUCUGUCAAAAGAAAAUAUCAAAGACAAAGAUAAUGCCGUUUAGUAAUCUUCGACCCGCCCAGUUCCAACAGUUAGAGCAACGUUGGGAAAAACUAAUUGCUAAACACUACAAAAACACUAUGGACAACAAAUUGAAAGUACAAGACUCGGAGGAAAGCGAUAAAGUAGAAGAGAAACGUUGCCCUGAGUCCAAAAGAGAACGUUUCGAAAUAGAAGACUAUGGUAAAUGGAAGAAGCGCAUGCUAGCCAUGGCGCAAGCCAAGUUAAAGCAAGAGGAAGGUGUCAACGAUAAGGAAAACGAGUUGGAAGGGGAAAACGAUCAAAUUAUAUUGGGUUGUUGAAAAAAAAUGAAACACCCACAAUUUUUUUGUUAGUUUAUUAAAAAAAAAAAAACACAAAAAAAGUUAAAAAUUAUA